UCAAAAUUCAAACCAUUUUCUUUGUCUCUCUCCAUUCUGAUCCAAGUUUUAAACCAGAUCUCAGAAACUAAUGUUUAUCAAAUGCUAAUGGGAACUACUGUGCAAACACCCAAUUCCUCCGUGAAAUCGUCUUCCCCCAUGGAAGACGACAGCUUCUACUUAACCCGUUGCCGGAGAGAUGCCAACUGCAAGUGCAAAACCUGUGUCGCCAGCAUCAAUGCGACCCUUGAUUUGAUGAGCGCCCAUAGAAGCACGCUCACUAAGCUCUCCUCUUCAAAACCAUCUCCUCCUCAAACCCCACUUUUCAGCAAUCCUUCAACCCUCUCCACUCCUAUAUCCGAGACUUCUCGUCCCAUGGUAUCUACACCCCUCAGUCCAGCUAUCAGGAAAAGUUUCCGGCAGAAAAUGAACAGUAAAAAGACAAAACUUGGAUAUGUCUUAAAGAUGAUGAAAUGGGUUCUGAUUCUUUGCUUGAUUGUAAUAGGGAAACUGGGGUUUUCUUUUUUAACUUCUAGAGUCAUGAAAACCAAAUUUUCCCCAGAAAUAGUCAGAAAACUGAGUGAGAAAUCAUCCGGAAUUCAAGAUGUGAAAGAACGUUUAGUGUUUUUGAAUAAUGAACUACAAAGCUUUAUGGGAGAUGGUGUCUCAGAAGCUAGCUCUACAUAUCCCAAUUGGGAAAUAGUUCAGGAUGGUUUGAUCUUGAGAUCUCGUUGUCAACUCCACAAAUCCUGGAUGGAAGAAGUGAGCAUAUGGGGAUGGCCUUUGCAAACUUCUGGAUUGCUUACAACUGAAUUUGCUUCAAGAUCAUUCACUAUCUUAUCAGGAACAGUUACAGAGUGGUCAAAUGGGGAGUCGAGUCAUUCGAUUCGAAAAGCAAAUACUUCAUGGGAACAAGGAAAAUGGAGUGCAUCAUUAUGGCGUUUAGAUCAAAACACAUGGAUCCUUGAGUAUACACAAAGCUUUAUCUUUGAGAACACAAGACCUUUUCUAUCAACAAUGGAGUUCUUCAAACUCAUGAUGAUGAGAGUAUCUCGAUGCAUGAAGCAGUUGUGUAUGUUUUCUGGUGGCAAUCAUUUAGCUCCCACAUGACAGAAUUCAAGUAUGUUUGUGUUCUUAACUCGUAUCAUUCUUCAUUAGAAGUUAGAACUAACUAUGUUUGUUAGUUAGUUGUGUACAUGUCAACUAAUGUUUCAUUGUAUCUGAUGAUAUAUGACAUGUUCAGUUGUUAUCAUGAUAAUCAAUCAAAUCAUUGACCAUAAUUUAUGUUUUUAUGAUAAGCAAACACGAGCUAAGAACAUCAUCAUAUUAUUAUUUUACAAGCAGAGUUGUAGUAACCUUAAUCUUAAUAAUAAGCAACCUUACAACGACGACAUCAAAAUUAAAAAUUAAAAAAAUAUAAAAAGAAAAAAGAAAAGAAAAACUACACAGUAACAACUAAAGGCAUCGAAAGUGGUUGAUUGAUUUGCAGCAUAUCAUCAAUCAAUGCUUAGAGUUGGGAGUGAGACAUGGAAAUGAAGGAAUGGAUUGCAAUAUCAAUUUCCUGCUGCUUCUUUGUCCAAGUCCUGAGUGUGGUGGGGACACCCUUUUGCUGUUUGGUGAGCAAGAUUUGACACCACUGAUUGGGGAACCAUUUUCUUCAAGUAUUUCAG